AUGCUUCACAGGUGGAAUUUCGCAGACACAGAGUGGGGCAACGUGUAUCUGGCAUGCCUCGUUGACACAUUGCAUGUUCUGGACUCUGGUGUGCUGAUCCACAUGAUGGACACCUACAUAGAGCCGCUCGGGAAGGUUGAGAUGCGGCUGCUUGAACGAUGCAAGAAGGAGUUCAAGGGCAUAACGCCUAGCGUUCUCCUCCGAAUCCCAGGGGGCUCAUCGUUCUUCAGUUCAGGCGCGAAUUACGCCGCUUUCGAGCACAGGAGUAUGAUGCAGAUAAUGCCGAUAUUGGUGGCUGACGAGAGUGCGCUGAAGGGUGGAGAGGAGGGAGAGCUGCGUGCUUUGCAGGCAGUCAAGACGAGGAAACCGGUGCUUACAAAGAAGUAUCGGAUCAUGCGCAUAGUCGGAGUGUCGGAUCCGGUGUACGCUGAGUACACCGCCGCGCUUGGAGACGAGAUGAAGGAGAUGGCCGAUGAGUUCAAGGCGUUGGGGCUGUCUACCAACAACGUGCAGGUCCACACGGCGGUGGCCAUUCCGCGCACAAGAGGCGGAGAGCUCGUAGCAAAAGGGACAUUUGUGAAGGCGUCUCCCCGAGAGAAGUGGUAUUCGGACGUGGCACUUCUGAACAACAAGAAGGGGGACUGGUAUGCAAGAUGUUUGUGCAUCUUCAGGGCGGUGGACCGUGAUGGGGAGUGGAAGGGGUACGCAUAUGUGAGGUACUACGAGAAGGCGGGAAGCUGCAAGCUUACAGGGUGCACGCAGCUUCACAAGAAAGUACAGAAGGUGAAGUACUCGGUGGUGGAGCUGGGCAGCCUGCAGAGAGUUGUGCACGUGGUCCCCUCGUACAGCAACAAUAAGAGUGCUACAAUGGGUGACCUGAAGGGACUGCUGGCUACCGCGCACCCGGACGACGUGUUCUCCUUCCAUGAGAUUAAUAUCCUUCCAAGCCGCCUUCCGAAGACAUACAUUCCGGAUAAGCGCAAUGGGGCGGAGCGGAUUGUAAGCGUCGGCAUCCUUUACAACGCGACGGGGAGUUGUUCCGCGGUGCCUCUGGUGGUUCUAUCGCCGUUCGAAAGGCCCGAGCGCAGGCGGGGGAGUGCGGCAUGUCGCAAGGUGGCCGUCCGGUAUACUCACCGCGGGCGGUUGACGCCGGAGGUGUUCACGGAGUUCGUGGAGACCGUCAAUGGUGUGCACUUCAGCCGUGAUCGCAACACCUUCAUCCUAACCACUCACGAGGCGCAUCGCAUCACCGUCACGGAGCACGGCUUCAUGGAGGGUGCGCUGAAGGGCCAUUACCGCAUUAUGCUGAUGAAGCGUGCAAUAGCGGCGAAGCGGUUCCAGUUCGACUAUUCGGCUUCCAUCGCCGACGUGGAUUAUGGCCUCAUGCUCGAGUGGCUGGGAGAAUCGUGGACUCGUGUGCGCGCAGCAACCAUGCAGAGGAGCUGGUGGCGCGCCGGAUGCGUUCCCCCGAGCUGGCCGCCACUGAUGGCGUACCUAAGCGACACGAGCGCAACGGGCAUGUUUGAGCCCCUCAUUGCGAUAUGCGUCGAGCUGCAGUUGCUCAUCGAGAAGUUCAAGAUGCGGCCUGCGUGCUACAUGACGGCGGCGGAGUUCAUGAACUGCGACGCGGGGCUCUGCGUGGAGCAGGGGUUCAGGGCCACGCCUGCUGCAAGCGUGUCUGACGACUCGUCGGGCAAGAUGAGCCUGCCGGAUGGCCCAUUGCUGCGUGACGAGCGCAGUAGGAGGCGCGUGACUCGCAACGUCACAAACGCGUACGUGGAGCGUGCCGAUGAGCUCGGCAUUCCCCCGGCCCUCGUGCCAGCAGAGGUCGGAGCAUCUAACCAGGAGGUGAUUUCCCGCCUCGAUAGGACGCCUGUCAAGCAUGCACGCGCGGGGCUGCGCACUGAGGACGUGGCAGACCCAGCGGUGCGCAAGAGUGAGGACGACGAGUGA